AUGACGACUCUAUCUCUUAACGAAGUUGACAAUCGCGUUCAGGGUCGGCUUGCCCUAGUCACAGGAGCGAGUGGCGGGAUAGGCUCCGGGUGCGCCAAGGGUCUGGCAGCAGACGGUUGCGAUGUAGCCCUGCACUACUCGUCGAGCAAGGACAAAGCAGAGGCGCUGGCGUCGGAGCUCAAAGCGCUGUACCCGGCGCAGCUCUUCGUGACCGUGUCGGCGGAUCUGACCUCGCGCGAGGCCACGCGGGCUCUCGUGCCCAAUCUGCUGGCGCUGCCCGACGUCGUCGCAGCCAAGCACACGGCCGUGUCGAUUCUCGUCGCCAACGCCGGGCUAGGCCGGCGCAUCCGCGACCCCAAGGACAUUGAAGAGUCCGACUGGGACGAGAUCAUGGAGGUGAAUGCGCGCAGCCAGUUUGUCGUGACCCGGGCGGCGCUGCAGGGCAUGCGCGCGCAGGGCUGGGGCCGCGUCAUUCUGAUCGGCAGCAUCGCGGGCCACGGCGGCGGCAUCAACGGCUGCCACUACGCCGCGUCCAAGGGCGCGCUGUGCUCCAUGGGCAAGAAUCUGGCGACGGUGCUGGCCGCAGAGGGCAUCACGGUCAAUAUUGUGUCGCCGGCCAUGAUUGGGGCGACGGGAAUGAUUCCAACGCCAAAGUCAAGGACCUGGACAAAGGGUACGGAUAUCGAUGCGCUCAAAGAGCAGGACCCGGGUUUGGGCAUUGCAGCGAGUGUGCCAGUUCACCGCCUUGGGCUUCCAGAAGAAGUGGCCAGUGUUGUCUCAAUAGAUUCUACCGGUUCGCCUGGUACGCCGCCGUGUCAGCGCUGCAUAGAAGAGAAGCGCGAAUGCGUGCUCGCUACAUCGCGGCGUGGAGGCCGUCGUGUCCGCAAGAAGAGGCCGCUCGACGAGUCUGGAGCCCGCACCGCAACGGACGUAAGCAGCGUCAGCAUGGGCGGCGGUCCGCUGCACACGCCGGUGCGGCAGCCGGCGAUGCGCGAUGGCCACGGCAUCGAUGCCUGGCCGCACGGUGGCCCCGCGCAGCAACAGGAUCCAUCCUGGACAGGCGACGGCUCUGCAUCCCGGACCGACGCCUCGCAGUCGGCCUCGCGUCGGAGCUCAGUCGUCCUCGACGGCCAUCUUGCAUCCGCUGACUUGCUAAACCCCUCGGAUGCGCUCGACUUGUUGGCGCAGGUGGCCGACUUGGAACCUGGACACAGCGACAAAGACGCCAUGCCAGUGCGGACAGCAAAUUCAAGGCAGCCGUCUCGUGAUCUAAAUCUACGAUAUCCGCCCAUAUCCGAUGGCGCGCUGGGCUUUGCCGACGCUGCGGCCUUGAUUCAGCAUUACCACGAAAAUUUUCAUCCCUUUUUUCCCGUCGUGUAUAAGUCCAUCUUCGACGGCCACAUCUCAGACUGGAUCGAAAAGGAACCUCACGUACUCACAGCAGUCCUCACCGUCGCAUCCAAAGAAGAGCCUUCGUGGCAGAGAGCCCACGAGGCCUGCUCGCGACACAUGGAAAGCCUCCUGUCACCGCUCAUCUACGGCGGCGUCACCACAGUCGGAGCCGUGGAGGCGCUGCUAAUCCUUGCCGAAUGGGCGCCUCAGCCACCGCACGAGAUAUCUUCUAUUGGCUGCGGCAAAGAAGACUACGGUGCCUGGAUGUUGGUGGGCGUUGCUAUACGGCUUGGCUACCUGCAGAGACUGGAACAGACGGGCUUGCAAGACCCUCCAGAUAGUCAAUCAGAGAGCUUCAGUCGCAAAAAGAUUGCCUGGGCCGCAUGCUACAUGAGUGAUCGCCAAGUUUCAAUACGCCUUGGAAAAGGAUUCUGGUCUCGAGGGCCAGGUCCAGCAUCGAAUCUACGUGCCGUCGAUUUUCCUUCGCUACAGUUGCAGCACCUAGGGCCUGAUAAUAUGGGGCUCCUAUUUCAGGCGCAGCUCGAACUGACUCAGCUGUUCAGCAAUGCUCAUGAUAUUCUAUACUCUUCGACCAGCCAUCGCGAACAAUUGUACGUCGGUGGUGAAUAUGUUCGGUAUAUUGACGACUUUGCUGCUGUUUUGAGAAAGUGGAAGAUGACAUGGGGAAGCUUCAGCUUCACGCCGCACGUCAAGGCCUCUUUGAUACUAUCAUACGACUUUUUGCGCCUGUAUAUAAAUGCCUUUGCAUUCCAGGCGACCAUGAACAGAGCUGCAGCAAAGACACGCAAAGCAAACAAGAGCCACAUCACAGGUCCGCUAUUUGCAGACUUGGCCGCAGCACCGGAUGCCCGGUUCAUUUACGAGUCGAUUGACGCUGCCAACUCUCUUCUCAGCAUCCUCAACAGCUUCAUCGACCCGGUUGCAGGCUUAAAGUAUAUGCCGCUCAAGUAUUCGCUGUUUGUGAUUUAUGCUGCCGUUUUUCUCUUCAAGGCUUGGAGCGCGGGUGCGAUUAGCAAUGAAGGCAUCACUGGGAUGAGGCGCGCCAUUCUCGGAACCAUUGCGCAGCUGCAAAAGACGUCGACCAGUACGCAGAGCAUUGGACACCGAUAUGCGCGAUCGUUGCGCCUGCUGUGGAGGAAACGACCAACCAAGCGGGGCUCGAAGCACGACAACAACCAGACGUCUCAGCCCGCGCCGAAUGUUCCUCCAGAGCAUUCGAUGUCCGGACCUCACGGCAAUUUUGACGGCGGCUUGCAAGGGGGGAUUGAAUUGGAUGCGUUGAAUGGGUUCUCAUGGCGAGAUUUAGACUCGCUGGGGCAGUACAUCUCCAACGAUGCGUCCAUUCAUACCACGGACGGCGUAUUGACCACGCCUGAAUUCGAUUCAGAGCAUGGCGCGAAUCCUGUCGAGGGGCUGCCAGUUGACUUUGGAUAUCAAAACAUGUGGAGUGGUGGUGAUAUAAUUUUUUAG